UUGAUAACAGAGACUUAAUCCACCGCACUCAAGGCAUAAGUAUCAUCUUGAUUUGCCGUGUCAACUCACUAUUUGGGUAAAUCUGUACCUUGCCCCAUCCCGUAUAACUGCAGCUAUAUUACAGAAAAUGUCUUUGAAAUUCAAAAACACAAAACGAAUUGAAGGACUCGAUAGUAAUGUGUGGGUUGAAUUUACCAAGUUGACUGCAGACCCCUCUGUUGUGAAUCUUGGCCAAGGCUUUCCUGAUAUACCCCCUCCCCUCUAUGUAACGAAAGAAUUAUCAAAGGCUACAACAAUUAAUAGCAUGAACCAGUAUACACGGGGCUUUGGUCAUCCAUCACUUGUGAAAGCUCUGUCUUGCCUAUACGGAAAAUUUUAUCCAAACCAGAUCAAUCCAAAUGAAGAAAUCUUGGUGACAGUAGGAGCAUAUGGAUCACUUUUUAGUGCCAUCCAAGCAUUAAUUGAAGAGGGAGAUGAAGUGAUAAUAAUAGUUCCUUUCUAUGACUGCUACGAGCCUAUGGUGAGAAUGGCAGGAGCGACACCUGUUUUUAUUCCACUCAGAUCUAAACCUGUUGAUGGGGCAAAGGGGUCUAGUUCUGACUGGACAUUAGAUCCUCAAGAACUCGCAACUAAAUUUAAUUCCAAAACCAAAGCUAUUAUACUAAAUAAUCCCCACAACCCCACUGGCAAGGUAUAUAGUAAAGAAGAACUCCAAGUAAUUGCUGACCUUUGCAUCAAACAUGAUACACUUUGUAUCAGUGAUGAAGUUUAUGAAUGGCUGGUAUAUUCUGGAAAUAAGCAUUUAAAAAUAGCCACUUUCCCAGGUAUGUGGGAAAGAGCAAUAACAAUAGGAAGUGCUGGGAAGACUUUCAGUGUAACUGGCUGGAAGCUUGGCUGGUCCAUUGGUCCUAGUUAUUUGAUAAAGCAUUUACAGACGGUUCAGCAAAAUACCAUCUAUACUUGUGCCACUCCAUUACAGGAAGCCUUGGCUCAAGCUUUUUGGAUUGACCUCAAUCGCAUGGAUGACCCGGAGUGUUACUUUAAUUCUUUGCCAGAAGAGUUAGAAGUGAAAAGAGAUCGGAUGGUCCGUUUACUUGAAAGUGUUGGGCUCAAGCCCAUUGUUCCCGAGGGAGGAUACUUCAUCAUUGCUGAUGUGUCGUCACUAGAUGUAGACCUCUCUGAGAUGAACAACAAUGAACCUUAUGACUAUAAAUUUGUGAAAUGGAUGAUUAAACAUAAGAAAUUGUCGGCUAUUCCUGUUUCAGCAUUCUGUAAUUCAGAAGCCAAAUUACAGUUUGAGAAAUUUGUGCGAUUUUGCUUCAUUAAAAAAGACAGUACACUGGAUGCUGCUGAAGAAAUCAUCAAGGCCUGGAAAAAGCAGAAGUCUUGAUGGAAGCCGACUGCAUUGGGUGUUUAUGGCGAGAUUGCAGAUGGAAUUGUUAGUGCUGCCACCUGCUGGAUACUUGAAAACCUUUUUUUUUUUUUUAAAUACAAAUGGAAUUCAGAGGCAAUAUCCAUCCUUUUUCCAGAGAAGUUAUCCCCACUCCUAACAAUAUUCAGGGAAUCUGAUUUUACUUUUGCAACUGACAUCUGCCCACACACCUCCUGCUGCCAUGUUGGCGGCACUCGGCAGCAGAGUGGAUGAGAACUUGGAGGUGCAGGGUGUCUGGGCUUCCUUUUCCUCGCCAUGAAGGGAGCGUAAAAAAGCACCAACUUCGUAUGAUUGCUUGUGAGAAUUGAAAGAACUAAUAAGUGUAAAGCCUGGCGCCAUAAAGACUCAGUUAAUGGGAGCCAGUUUUGUGUCAUUCGGUGCAGACUCCCUGCCAUCACCUUUGUGCCCGGUCUUUGCUCUGUCUUCGAAUCUGUAGUUCCUUCCCUCCCUUUCACUUGCCACUGGCCUUGAGCUUUGCGCACACAUGUUCCACCAGCAUGUGGGGCAAUGUCAAGGUCCACAUGCAUUACCCAAGUUUUCUAGCCUUGACCUCCUCCCUUGACACAGAUACCCACUCCCUUGACACAUCUUGAAACUCAUCAUUCUGGCUGCUUCACCUUGAGGACUCAUAAAUUAGUCACCUCCCAUUGGAACCGCCUACCCCAGCUCUCACCCUUGCUUGCUUGUUCUUCCUCUCUCUCUCUCAGCAACUCUCAAAAUCUCACUUCUUUAAAUUAGUAGAAUUUCAAAUCCACGAUUUUUAAAAGAUGGUCUUUGAUUCAGAAUCAAUUUGCGUCAUUGUUGAAAAUGCAGAUGAUAAUUUUCACCCCAGGCCUGUGGUAGCUGGUCAGGAUUUGUCCAUUCCUAAGUGAUUCUUGGGCACAUUGCAGUUAAUAAACAUUUCUGGAAUGCA